GGAAGUCCUCGCUGCUGAACACACACACACACACACACACACAUACACAUACGGUUGUCCGCACAAAACAGCCUUAGAAACAACACACCUAAACAUAAUAUUCCAGGACUUACAUCGCCGUUCACUAGAGAAGGCCGAAGGAGACCCAAACAAGUUGGCUUUCUUCUACCUGGUUUGCCCUGGUAACGUGUUGCCAUGCCGUUCCCUUUCGGUAAGUCUCACAAGUGUCCAGCGGACAUUGUGAAGAAUCUAAAGGACAACAUGACCAUUCUGGAGAAGCAGGACAUUUCAGACAAGAAGGCUGAGAAGGCCUCUGAAGAAGUGUCCAAAUCUCUGCUGGCCAUGAAGGAGAUUCUCUACGGCACGAAUGAGAAGGAGCCGCAGACAGAAGCCGUGGCUCAGCUCGCUCAGGAGCUCUACAACAGCGGCCUGCUCAGCACCCUCGUCGCAGAUCUGCAGCUCAUCGACUUUGAGGGCAAGAAAGAUGUGGCACAGAUCUUUAACAAUAUCCUGAGACGUCAGAUCGGCACUCGGACACCUACGGUUGAAUACCUGUGCACUCAACAAAAUAUACUCUUCAUGCUGCUUAAAGGUUACGAAUCUCCAGACAUCGCUCUGAACUGUGGGAUCAUGCUGAGGGAAUGCAUACGGCACGAGCCGCUGGCCAAGAUCACCCUCUGCUCCGAGCAGUUCUACGAUUUCUUCAGAUACGUGGAGAUGUCCACCUUCGACAUCGCCUCGGACGCAUUUGCCACUUUUAAAGAUCUGCUGACGAGACACAAGCUGCUCAGCGCUGAGUUCCUGGAGCAGCACUAUGACAGAUUCUUUAGUGAAUAUGAGAAACUUCUUCACUCAGAAAACUAUGUGACUAAAAGGCAGUCUCUUAAGCUUUUGGGAGAGCUGCUUUUGGACCGGCACAACUUCACUAUAAUGACAAAGUACAUAAGCAAACCAGAGAACCUCAAGCUCAUGAUGAACCUGCUGAGAGACAAGAGCCGCAACAUCCAGUUUGAGGCCUUUCAUGUAUUUAAGGUGUUUGUGGCCAAUCCGAACAAGACCCAGCCCAUCCUCGACAUCCUGCUGAAGAACCAGACCAAACUCAUCGAGUUCCUCGGCAAGUUCCAGAACGACCGCAGCGAGGACGAGCAGUUCGGCGACGAGAAGACCUAUCUCAUCAAACAGAUCCGAGACCUCAAGAGGCCAACCCCGCAGGACGCUUGAGAAGGAUCACGACUCUACACACAUGCGUAGAGGACAUCUAGACAGUGUUUUAGGCAACGUCUGGAUGAUGUUUGGCUCUCUGGGACGUUGAGUGGCCGCAGCACUGGGCAUGUUUUUGUGUUUUGCAGGAACCGUUAAAUGCCAUUUGAGCUCGGUGGGUGAGAAAUAUGACGACAAGGAUGAAAAGUAGUCUUGCUUCGCUGGAAAUUCAACCUGUCCUUCUGCAAUGUUUUAUUCUCAUGUUACAAAAAUCGAGCAAAAUGAACAGAAAAGGCGGAUGUAGAUGCUGCUGCUUUGCACAUAAACGAAAGAGGGUUCUGUACCUCAUACACAAACAUACACUCAAAUGGCUCUUGAUGCUAAUUGGAUAUUAAUGUAUUCCAGGAAAGAUAUUCAGAUGCACAUUUGUGCUCAUUUUGAGGUUGCAUACAGUGAGUGAGUGAACGUGUACAUAGGCUUUUUCACCUUUAUGGUUGCUAUCAGACUCAUUUUCAAAGACAGCAAUUAGUAAAUGUGUUGACCGAGGAGGGUUUAGUUAUUGUCAGAGCUGUUGACCCUGAUUUAAUGUCUUCUCAUUAGUCACUGUGUCGAGUGGGUGUAAUGGAAACUUCACUUCUCUGCUUUCUGUGACGGUGACUUUAAGAUCUGUGCACUAGCUCCAGUGUUUUUUUUUUUGUUUUUGUUUUUCUUUUAGUGAUAGUUCUCAGCAUAACUAACCCUACCACUCAUAACAUUUAGAUAGUUUAUGUGUUAACUUGUCCCUUGUUUGGAUAAUUAGAUGAGUUCAUGUUCAUGGGUGAGUCACACAAAAACAUGGCUAGGUCACAUUUCACCCCAAAAUCAAAAGAAGAAAGGUUUAUUAUUAUUAUUUAUAUUAUUAUUUAUAUUGGUAGAAAGUCUGUACAAGUACUAAUAUUUAUUAUUUGAAAACAUUUAUAAAUAUAUACGAUUUUUAAAAUAUAAUUAUAAAAAGUAUUUUAUAUAUAAUAAUAAUAUUUUACUGAAUUAUAUUUGUAAACAGACUUUAGUAUAUUAUGCAUUACAGAAAUUGUACUAAUCUGAAGUUAUAUUACCAUGCACAAACUAUAAUUUCAUAUAUCUUUGUUUUCAUUUUGUGGUGAAAUGUGACUUGGUCAUGUUCAUUAAUGGUUUUGUGAUAUUUGACUGAAUGCACCAGCUUACAUACUGUGUCUUCUUCCUUACUGUAGGUUUUAAGUUUUAAGGAGGGGGAAGUAAUGAGUCCAGUAUGAGAUGUUUUUAUCAGUAGACUAAUCUGAAAUGGUUGGAUGUAGAGAAGAAGCUCAAGCUCACAUUAGCACCCAGAGGACAUUUGAGCAGCUACGUCCUUUAUGAAUGUUUUAUGUAGGUUUGUUUUAAGAACAGUGCAGUGUUUGAUGGGGGUUUUCAUUUAAUACGUUAAAUCGGGUGCAAUAAUGAAAAACCACACAAAACUGAAAGUGAUUUAGAGGGUUUGGUUGAUCUUUUUCGAGUUAUAGUUUGCAUUACUGCUUUUACUCACAAGACAGCCGCAACCAUCUACCAUAAAACCCUUCUUUUCUUCCCAGAGUGAAAGCAGAUGUUAUUCAUAAUGUUAACUCUUACUCAUUUUCGUUGCAGAACUUUACCCGACCUCUCAUAAAACAUGUUCUGCUGAAUGUUUACAGUACUGGUCUGAAUAACAGGGAUUGUCUACAACAGUAUUUUAGUGUAGUGAAAUGUACAAAGAAAAAAAAAAACCUUACUUAGAAUAAAGAUGUUUUUUUUUUUCAUAUUUCAGUCUCUGCAUAUGGCAGACUAAUCUGUAGUUUAAUCUGCAUCUAUCUAGACUUUUUCAUUGGUUGGCACAAAAAAACAGCCGUUCACAGUCAUCUUGAAUGCCUGACAUCAUUCUGGCCCCAAGCAUUAAGGAUUCUGAGAAUUAGCAAACUUAUCUUGGCAUAUCAGUGCAUGUUUUUAGAUUAAGCAUGAACGUCUAAUGGGCGGACUGGAAACCUCUUGGCCUGCUGUCUGUUCAAUUAAACAGUCCAAUCUAACCUAUAAUGUAGAUCUGGCAUGAGUGAUAAGACUCGGGCACAGAAGUGAUGGAGUUUCAUCUGAAAAGUCAAUAGUAGCCAGACUAACAAUUGGAAAUAAAGUUUGGAAUAAAAAUAA